AUGGCGCCCAAGUCGAAACCGCCCGAGAAGAAACAGCAGUCCUUGACCAAUUUUUUCCAGCCAAAAACUGUCAAUGGCCUCGCCGCCGCCUUCCAAAAGUCCCAGUCCGAGUCACGAACGAGCCCGUCCGGCUCGCCUGAGUCGUCCCGCAAGCGACCCCUUGAGGAGGAUGCAGGCAAAAUCAACAAUGGACCCGAGAAGAUCACUAAGAGAGCGAAAGGAGACAAGGGCGGGAGGUUCGCUUCCGUAGAAGAAGGGACGGACUCUCUCUUCGUGCCAGGCGCCGAGCAGUCCGCCGCCGAGCCCAAGCCCUGGGCUUCUACGGCUGCCGGUAGGGCAGGUCGUUUUGCAUACAGCCAAAGCUCGGACUUGAAUGCUGAGGGAGAAGAGGACCAAGAGGACCCGUAUAUGAGGAGACAUAAGGAGGAGCUGCACAACAAGUUCGUCAAGAAGCUUGGCCACCCAGACAGCAUGCUAUGGCGGCGACGGAGGGAAGACGACGGUGAAGCCGCCGAGGGAGAGGAAGGCGACGAAGAGGACGAAGAUGAUGCCCCCCCAGCUCCCAAGGCGAAGAAGGGUGGCGCGAGAGCGAACAAGAAGCUCACGCCCAUGGAGAUUCAGUUUCUCGACAUCAAGCGCAAGCACCUUGACACGAUCCUCAUCGUCGAAGUCGGCUACAAGUUCCGAUUCUUCGGCGAGGACGCGCGAAUUGCCGCCAAAGAGCUCAGCAUCGUUUGCAUCCCGGGCAAGUACCGCUAUGACGAGCAUCCCUCGGAGGCGCACCUGGAACGCUUUGCAUCGGCGAGCAUCCCCGUGCAUCGGUUGCCCGUCCAUGCGAAGCGUCUCGUCGCCGCCGGUCACAAGGUCGGUGUCGUUCGCCAAAUCGAGACUGCUGCUCUGAAGAAGGCUGGCGACAAUCGCAACGCCCCCUUUGUCCGGAAGUUGACCAAUGUCUACACCAAGGGCACCUACAUCGACGAGAACGGCGAGCUGGAACCCGGCGGCGAUGGGGGUGCUCCGUCUGGUGGCUAUCUGCUGUGUCUCACAGAAACCCCUUCCAAGGGCCAAGGCACAGAUGAGAAGGUUGACGUCGGUAUAAUAGCCGUGCAACCGACGACGGGAGACAUCAUCUACGACACGUUCGAGGAUGGGUUCAUGCGCAGUGAGAUUGAAACUCGGUUGCUUCACAUCUCCCCUUGCGAGUUCGUUAUUGUCGGCGACCUCACCAAGGGUUCCGACAAGCUCGUCCAGCAUCUCUCGGGGAGCAGCACAAACGUCUUUGGCGAUCGCAGUCGUGUCGAGCGAGUCCCUCGCUCCAAGUCGAUGGCCGCCGAGGCCUACUCACACGUCACGCAAUUCUACGCUGACAAGUUGCAACAAACCCCUGACGCCGCCGCGUCUUCUCUCCUGGAGCGUAUCCUCCACCUCCCGGAACCCGUCACCAUCUGCCUUUCUGCCAUGAUCAACCAUCUCCAGGAGUACGGCCUCGAGCACGUCUUCGACCUCACCAAGAACUUCACCAGCUUCUCGGCGCGCCAGCACAUGCUCCUCAACGGAACCACCCUUGAGUCUCUUGAGGUUUACCGCAACGCCACCGACCAUUCAGACCGUGGAUCCCUAUUCUGGGCAUUAGACAAGACCACAACCCGCUUCGGCCAGCGGCUUCUCCGCAAAUGGGUCGGCCGUCCCCUGCUUGACGUCUCCCGCCUCGAGGCACGCGUCGCUGCUGUCCAAGAACUCGUCAACGAGCAAUCCUCAGCCAAGGUCGACCGUCUAGAGACCCUCCUAACCGGAAUCAAGACCGACCUCGAACGCAGUCUUAUCCGCAUCUACUAUGGGAAAUGCACUCGCCCUGAACUUCUCUCCGUCCUGCAGACCCUCCAGCGCAUUGCCAUGCAAUACUCGACUGUCAAGUCAGCCGACGCAACGGGCUUCGCCUCGCCCCUCAUUUCCUCCGCCAUCCUGUCCUUACCCCAGAUCCUCGACCUCGUCGUCUCGCACCUAGAAAAAAUCAACCCCGAAGCCGCCCGCAAAGACGACAAAUACAACUUCUUCCGUGAGUCCGAGCAGACGGAGGAUAUCGAGGACCACAAAAUGGGCAUCGUUGCCGUCGAGCAAUCCCUCGACGAGCACCGCUCCGAGGCCGCGUCGUCCCUCUCUCGCAAAAAGCCCGUCGAUUACGUUACCGUCUCUGGCAUUGAGUAUCUCAUCGAGGUUAACAACACGGACCUCAAAGCCGUGCCCGCAUCCUGGAUCAAGAUCUCUGGCACCAAGAAGCUCUCCCGCUUCCACACGCCCGCCGUCGUCCGCCUCAUCGCGGAGCGCGACCAGCACCGCGAAGCCCUCGCCGCCGCCUGCGACGCCGCCUUUGCCUCCCUUCUCGCCGCCAUCGCUGACGCAUACCAACCCCUUCGCGACGCCGUCUCCUCCCUCGCGGCGCUCGACUGCCUUCUCUCUCUCUCCCGUGUUGCCGCCCUCCCCGGCUACACCAAGCCGACCUUUCUCUCCGCCCCGACCCAGCCAACAAUCUCCAUCACCCAAGGCCGCCAUCCCAUCGCCGAACACACCCUCUCGGACCCCUACAUCCCCUUCACGACAACACUUUCUUCACCGUCCCCCCUGGCCCACCUCGUCACGGGUCCCAACAUGGGCGGGAAAUCUUCCUUCGUCCGCGCCGUGGCCCUCCUCGUCCUGCUCGCCCAAAUCGGCUCCUUCGUCCCCGCAGACGAGUUCUCUCUGACCCUUGCUGACGCCAUCCAUGUCCGCAUGGGCGCCCGCGACAACCUCGCCGCAGGCGAGUCGACCUUCAUGGUCGAGGUCUCGGAGACGGCCCGCAUCCUCCGCGCUGCCACCCCGCGGUCCCUCGUCAUCCUCGACGAGCUCGGCAGGGGCACGUCGACCCACGACGGCGCCGCCAUCGCCCACGCCGUCCUCGACCACGUCGUGCGCGAGAACAGGUGCCUCACCCUCUUCAUCACUCACUACCAGAACCUCGCCCGCCUGGCCGACGGUAUCGGCGACGGCCUCGUCAAGAACGUCCACAUGCGCUUCACGGCUACACGUAAACUUGAGGCGGAAGGAGGCGACGGCGAAGAAGGCGUUGACGAUGCGGGUGCCAACGAGGAGAUCACCUUCCUGUACGAAGUCGGAGAAGGGGUUGCGCACAGGUCUUAUGGGCUGAACGUUGCGCGUCUGGCCCGAAUACCCCGCAAGGUUAUCGAAGUGGCCGCGCAGAAGUCGCGCGAAAUGGAACAAGACGUGAGGGUGCGAAAGUUGCUGGGCACCGCCCGUCUCCUUGCGGACGUGGCGAAAGAUAGUCCGGACCAGCUUGACCACUUGAUCUCGAACAUAGAGCAACUGUAG